CUCAGACGAAACUGCCCAAGCGACCAAACAAAGGCAAUGCAUUUUAAAUUUUUAAGGGGCAUACUCUCUUCAAACCCUAAAAACCCACCAGACCGCAGUUUUUGAUACGGCGUCAACGGACACACGCUCAAAAGAAAUUUUCCGGAGGAGAAACUCGGCGGAGAUUGUUUUUGCGUAGAAGUAUGGCGGAGAACAAAUCUGUGACGAUUAGAACGAGGAAGUUCAUGACCAAUAGGCUCCUGUCAAGGAAGCAAUUCGUCAUUGAUGUUUUGCACCCUGGGAGGCCCAAUGUUUCUAAGGCUGAUUUGAAGGAGAAAUUAGCAAGCCUAUAUGAUGUGAAAGACCAAAACUCAAUAUUUGUGUUUAAGUUCCGUACUCAAUUUGGUGGUGGGAAGUCAACUGGAUAUGGGCUGAUCUAUGACUCAGUUGAGAGUGCCAAGAAGUAUGAGCCAAAGUACAGGCUGAUCAGGAAUGGACUAGACACAAAGGUGGAAAAGUCAAGGAAGCAGAUGAAGGAAAGGAAGAACAGGGCAAAGAAAAUCCGAGGUGUUAAGAAGACCAAGGCUAGUGAAGCUGCCAAGGGUGGGAAGAAGAAGUGAGAUCUUACCUAAUGCAGUAGUACCACAGGGUUCCUUACUUUGACAUUCAUUUCAAUUUUAAGCUAUCAUCAAAUUUAUUGCGAAUGAGUUUUUCUUUUUCCUGGAGGGAUUCUCAAUUUUUGCGGACCUAACCUAUGUUUUUCUAGAUGGAAUGUCCGGAAUUAUUAAGUGACGUAAACGGGACAAAGUUGAAUACUUUUUGGUAUUUGUUUUGGGGUGAGUUGUGCGACAAGGCAAGACUUUUCAUCUUGCACUGCACAUUGCUGAAGUAUUUCAUUUUUCGUUGAGCGUAGACUUCAUUCGGUGUUUGUAAAGUUAAGAUGGGGAGUUGAUUCUUGCAAUUACCAUUAGUAGAAUUGUUUA